AUGUGUACCUUGAAAAAUACAGUGUACAAAACAUUACAUUGACAGUAAACCCUCCACCUCUACAUAUACAGCCCCCUUAGCCCCAGGACAGUAUACCCUCUACAGAUACAGACCCAGGACAGAGCACCUCUACAGAUACAGCCCCAGGACAGUAAACCCUCCACAGCUCUACAGAUUCAGCCCCAGGACAGUAAACCCUCCACAGCUCUACAGAUUCAGCCCCAGGACAGUAAACCCUCCACAGCACCUCUACAGAUACAGCCCCAGGACAGUAAACCCUCCACAGCUCUACAGAUUCAGCCCCAGGACAGUAAACCCUCCACAGCACCUCUACAGAUACAGCCCCAGGACAGUAAACCCUCCACAGCACCUCUACAGAUACAGCCCCAGGACAGUAAACCCUCCACAGCUCUACAGAUACAGCCCCAGGACAGUAAACCCUCCACAGCUCUACAGAUACAGCCCCAGGACAGUAAACCCUCCACCUCUACAGAUUCAGCCCCAGGACAGUAAACCCUCCACAGCACCUCUACAGAUACAGCCCCAGGACAGUAAACCCUCCACAGCACCUCUACAGAUACAGCCCCAGGACAGUAAACCCUCCACAGCUCUACAGAUACAGCCCCAGGACAGUAAACCCUCCACAGCUCUACAGAUACAGCCCCAGGACAGUAAACCCUCCACCUCUACAGAUUCAGCCCCAGGACAGUAAACCCUCCACCUCUACAGAUUCAGCCCCAGGACAGUAAACCCUCCACAGCUCUACAGAUACAGCCCCAGGACAGUAAACCCUCCACAGCACCUCUACAGAUUCAGCCCCAGGACAGUAAACCCUCCACAGCACCUCUACAGAUACAGCCCCAGGACAGUAAACCCUCCACAGCACCUCUACAGAUACAGCCCCAGGACAGUAUACCCUCCACAGCACCUCUACAGAUUCAGCCCCAGGACAGUAAACCCUCCACAGCACCUCUACAGAUACAGCCCCAGGACAGUAAACCCUCCACAGCACCUCUACAGAUACAGCCCCAGGACAGUAAACCCUCCACAGCACCUCUACAGAUACAGCCCCAGGACAGUAAACCCUCCACAGCACCUCUACAGAUUCAGCCCCAGGACAGUAAACCCUCCACAGCACCUCUACAGAUUCAGCCCCAGGACAGUAAACCCUCCACAGCACCUCUACAGAUUCAGCCCCAGGACAGUAAACCCUCCACAGCACCUCUACAGAUACAGCCCCAGGACAGUAAACCCUCCACAGCACCUCUACAGAUUCAGCCCCCAGGACAGUAAACCCUCCACAGCACCUCUACAGAUACAGCCCCAGGACAGUAAAACCCUCCACAGCACCUCUACAGAUACAGCCCCAGGACAGUAAACCCUCCACAGCACCUCUACAGAUACAGCCCCAGGACAGUAAACCCUCCACAGCACCUCUACAGAUUCAGCCCCCAGGACAGUAAACCCUCCACAGCACCUCUACAGAUACAGCCCCAGGACAGUAAACCCUCCACAGCACCUCUACAGAUUCAUCCCCAGGACAGUAAACCCUCCACGCACCUCUACAGAUACAGCCCCAGGACAGUAAACCCUCCACAGCUCUACAGAUACAGCCCCAGGACAGUAAACCCUCCACAGCACCUCUACAGAUACAGCCCAGGACAGUAAACCCUCCACAGCUCUACAGAUACAGCCCCAGGACAGUAAACCCUCCACAGCACCUCUACAGAUACAGCCCCAGGACAGUAAACCCUCCACAGCACCUCUACAGAUACAGCCCCAGGACAGUAUACCCUCCACAGCACCUCUACAGAUUCAUCCCCAGGACAGUAAACCCUCCACAGCACCUCUACAGAUACAGCCCCAGGACAGUAAACCCUCCACACCACCUCUACAGAUACAGCCCCAGGACAGUAUACCCUCCACAGCUCUACAGAUUCAGCCCCAGGACAGUAAACCCUCCACAGCACCUCUACAGAUUCAGCCCCAGGACAGUAAACCCUCCACAGCUCUACAGAUACAGCCCCAGGACAGUAAACCCUCCACAGCUCUACAGAUACAGCCCCAGGACAGUAAACCCUCCACAGCUCUACAGAUACAGCCCCAGGACAGUAAACCCUCCACAGCACCUCUACAGAUUCAGCCCCAGGACAGUAAACCCUCCACAGCACCUCUACAGAUACAGCCCCAGGACAGUAAACCCUCCACAGCUCUACAGAUACAGCCCCAGGACAGUAUACCCUCCACAGCUCUACAGAUACAGCCCCCUUAGCCCCAGGACAGUAAACCCUCCACAGCACCUCUACAGAUACAGCCCCAGGACAGUAAACCCUCCACAGCACCUCUACAGAUUCAGCCCCAGGACAGUAAACCCUCCACAGCACCUCUACAGAUACAGCCCCAGGACAGUAAACCCUCCACAGCACCUCUACAGAUACAGCCCCAGGACAGUAAACCCUCCACAGCUCUACAGAUACAGCCCCAGGACAGUAAACCCUCCACAGCUCUACAGAUACAGCCCCCUUAGCCCCAGGACAGUAAACCCUCCACAGCACCUCUACAGAUACAGCCCCAGGACAGUAAACCCUCCACAGCACCUCUACAGAUACAGCCCCAGGACAGUAAACCCUCCACAGCACCUCUACAGAUUCAGCCCCAGGACAGUAAACCCUCCACAGCUCUACAGAUACAGCCCCAGUACAGUAAACCCUCCACAGCACCUCUACAGAUACAGCCCCAGGACAGUAAACCCUCCACAGCUCUACAGAUACAGCCCCAGGACAGUAAACCCUCCACAGCACCUCUACAGAUACAGCCCCAGGACAGUAAACCCUCCACACCACCUCUACAGAUACAGCCCCAGGACAGUAUACCCUCCACAGCUCUACAGAUUCAGCCCCAGGACAGUAAACCCUCCACAGCACCUCUACAGAUUCAGCCCCAGGACAGUAAACCCUCCACAGCUCUACAGAUACAGCCCCAGGACAGUAAACCCUCCACAGCUCUACAGAUACAGCCCCAGGACAGUAAACCCUCCACAGCUGUACAGAUACAGCCCCAGGACAGUAAACCCUCCACAGCACCUCUACAGAUUCAGCCCCAGGACAGUAAAACCCUCCACAGCACCUCUACAGAUACAGCCCCAGGACAGUAAACCCCCCACAGCUCUACAGAUACAGCCCCAGGACAGUAUACCCUCCACAGCUCUACAGAUACAGCCCCCUUAGCCCCAGGACAGUAAACCCUCCACAGCACCUCUACAGAUACAGCCCCAGGACAGUAAACCCUCCACAGCACCUCUACAGAUUCAGCCCCAGGACAGUAAACCCUCCACAGCACCUCUACAGAUACAGCCCCAGGACAGUAAACCCUCCACAGCACCUCUACAGAUACAGCCCCAGGACAGUAAACCCUCCACACCUCUACAGAUACAGCCCCAGGACAGUAAACCCUCCACAGCUGUACAGAUACAGCCCCAGGACAGUAAACCCUCCACAGCACCUCUACAGAUUCAGCCCCAGGACAGUAAACCCUCCACAGCACCUCUACAGAUACAGCCCCAGGACAGUAAACCCCCCACAGCUCUACAGAUACAGCCCCAGGACAGUAAACCCUCCACAGCUCUACAGAUACAGCCCCAGGACAGUAAACCCUCCACAGCUCUACAGAUACAGCCCCCUUAGCCCCAGGACAGUAAACCCUCCACAGCACCUCUACAGAUACAGCCCCAGGACAGUAAACCCUCCACAGCACCUCUACAGAUACAGCCCCAGGACAGUAAACCCUCCACAGCACCUCUACAGAUACAGCCCCAGGACAGUAAACCCUCCACAGCACCUCUACAGAUACAGCCCCAGGACAGUAAACCCUCCACAGCUCUACAGAUACAGCCCCAGGACAGUAAACCCUCCACAGCACCUCUACAGAUUCAGCCCCAGGACAGUAAACCCUCCACAGCACCUCUACAGAUACAGCCCCAGGACAGUAAACCCUCCACAGCACCUCUACAGAUUCAGCCCCAGGACAGUAAACCCUCCACAGCACCUCUACAGAUUCAGCCCCAGGACAGUAAACCCUCCACAGCUCUACAGAUUCAGCCCCAGGACAGUAAACCCUCCACAGCUCUACAGAUUCAGCCCCCUCAGAACAGGACAGAGUCA